UUGACAAACCAGAACAUGCUCCUGAGUCCUGAUGAGCACUGAGUCACUCACUGAUUCUCUCUAGUCUGUUCUAGUCCCUUUCUCAUAUGCCAUGUCUUGCCCUGUUUCCCACAAAUUUUCACCACUACUGUUACUGUAAUUUCCAUAGCACGUUACGCUAUUAUCAUUACCCAUCCACCACAUCAUCACCUUGACCAUACACACCAACAACAACGGAACCAAACUUAUUAAAUUAAUAAAUACACACAAAUUCGUGAGUAGUGUUGGUCACAUCCACCAAACACAGAAUGGGGAAUUGCCAAGCUGCGGAGGUUGCAACGGUGGUCAUUCAGCACCCGGCGGGGAACAAAGUUGAGAAGCUUUAUUCGUCGAUUAACGCUAAGGACGUUAUGAAUUCCAAUCCCGGCCAUUAUGUUGCGCUUGUUGUGUCUUCUCCCAAUCUCAACUCUCAAAACGGAACGCCAUUCAAGCAGUUCAAGCUUCUAAGACCUGAUGACACUUUGCUUCUUGGCCAGGUUUAUCGUUUGAUCACUUUUGAAGAUGUGUUGAAGGAGUUUGCUUCGAAAAAAUGCGGUAAGCUUGGGAAACUGUUCGAGAGAAGUGGAAAUGGGGUUCAGAUGAAGCACAAGGGCCCAAAUCCUACUGCUUCAAAUUCUGAUUUCAAUUCCAUUAAGGUGGAACAGGAGAUUCACCAAAUAGGAAGUAAUGGCAGCAGCAGCAGCAGCUAUAACAAAGGUUUUGGAAAGCAUUUUGUUGUUGGUGGUGGUAGUCAAUGGAGGCCAGCCUUACAGAGCAUUGCAGAAGUUGGAACUUGAAAACACAUUCAUUAUAUUAGGCAUUACCCUUUAUCCCCUCCAUCAUUCAUGCAUUGAAAAUCAUGCUUCCAUAUUCCAGUAGUAAUAUUUGAACAACAAGGCUAUAAUUUCAAUACAUUGAUAUUCUCCAUCUUAAUUUGGGAGUGGAUAUUGUCAUUUUUAUCUUGAUGAUAUUAUUUUUAUAUAUGUUUUUCAGUGCAUUUUUGCCUGAUAUAACAUGAAAAUGAUAUUAUCAAAAUAAAAAUAGAAAUGACAAUUUUAUUCUUACUUAACUUAAAUAUUGUGUUAAAUGUAGCUCUAUAUUUCAAAUAUAUGUAUACAUACAUCGAACUUAUUCUAAGUAGAGGUGGUUGUAGAAUAUAAUGCAAUGAUUUUUUUAUUGGGUUCAAUUGUUUUUGGACAAUUGGGUUCAGUUUAAUCAAA